AUGGUACCCGAAGGCAUUGUUCUUGGUCACAAAAUUUCAAGUAAGGGUAUAGAAGUUGACAAGGCAAAAGUAGAAAUCAUAGAAAAACUUCCUUUGCCAACUAGUGUGAAAGCUGUUAGAAGUUUCUUAGGGCAUGCUGGAUUUUAUAGGAGAUUCAUUAAAGAUUUUUCCAAAAUAGCAAAGCCACUAAGCAAUUUGCUGGUGGUAGAAAAUCCUUUUAUCUUUGAUGAUGAAUGCAAGCAUGCUUUUGAAACUCUAAAGGCUAAGCUCACCACAGCACCAAUCAUCACACCCCCAAGUUGGGGACUACCUUUUGAACUCAUGUGUAAUGCAAGUAACCUUGCAAUUGGCGCUGUGUUGGGGCAAAGGAAGGAAAAGAAGCUUCAUGUUAUCUACUAUGCAAGUAAGGUAAUCAUCCCACAAGAGUACACAAAACAACAAGUCAAGAAGCUGCUACAUGAGGCUAAGUUCUUCUUCUGGGAUGAACCAUUCUUGUUCAAAAGAUGCCCAGAUGGAAUGAUAAGAAGAUGUGUGCCAGAAGGUGAGCAAUGCAAUGAAUGUCAAAGAACAGGGGGUUUGUCAAAGAAAAAUGAGAUGCCUCAAAAGUUCAUUUUGGAAGUGGAACUCUUUGAUUUGUGGGGAAUAGAUUUCAUGGGACCUUUUCCUCCAUCCUACACGUUCAAAUACAUCCUGGUAGCAGUAGAGUAUGUCUCCAAAUGGGUAGAAGCAAUAGCAACCACCACAUGUGAUACCAACGUGGUCUUGCAAUUCCUCAAGAAGAACAUCUUCACUAGAUUUGGAGUGCCCAAAGGACUCAUAAGUGAUGGGGGAAGCCACUUCUGCAACAAGCAACUAAACUCCUUACUCCACAAAUAUGGUGUCACUCACAAAGUAGCCACACCAUAUCACCCUCAAACCAAUGGGCAAGCUGAACUUGCCAACAGAGAGCUAAAAAGGAUCUUGGAGAAAACUGUGGGAACAACAAGAAAGGAUUGGGUUAGGAAGCUGGAUGAUGCACUUUGGGCAUAUAGGACAGCCUUCAAGACACCCAUAGGAAGAUCUCCGUUCCAGUUGGUGUAUGGAAAGGCAUGCCACCUCCCUGUGGAGCUUGAGCAUAAGGCCUUUUGGGCCACCAAACUUCUGAAUCUAGAUGCUCAAGCAGCAGGAGAGAAGAGGUUGCUACAACUCAAUGAACUUGAAGAGUUCAGAUUGGAGGCAUAUGACAAUGCCAGAAUAUACAAGGAGAGGGCAAAGAGAUGGCAUGAUAAGAGGAUCUCUCAAAGAACAUUUGAACCGGGCCAAAAGGUGUUGUUAUUCAAUUCAAGAUUGAAGUUUUUCCCUGGGAAGCUGAGGUCUAGAUGGACUGGUCCAUACACCAUCACCAAAGUAUCACCUAGGGAAUGGGCAAAGGCCAAGAGGGACUUACAAGAAGAGCGGGAAAAUAUGUGGAGACUCAUGCAUGAUCGUGAUCAAACCAUAAAGAAUACUAUGCGGCAGGUUGAAGAUUUGAGCAAAGAGUUAGCUAAUGCAUUGUCUGUUGCUGCAUCUGUUGAAUCUAGGACUGCUGUGGCUGAGGCAAAACUCUUUGGCCUUCAAAGAAAAAUGGGUUCCAUUAACGAUAAGGUUUAG